UUAAAUUUUUGUUUAAUGAAUUUGGGUUUUCUUUACUCUCGUUUUGUAAAAUUUGCCUGUGCUUUUGCUUUUUUUAUUUAUUUUUUUAAAAAUUUAAAACAUGCCCGUGUUUUUGUUUUUGAAUCUGGUCAAGUUGCUUGUGAGCCUUGCUGUGUUACUGAUGAAGGCCUGGAACUUAAUGAUCCUCCUGGCUCAGCUUCCUCUAGUUGCUGGAAUUACAGGGGGAUGGUGUCCUUCGAGGACAUGUCCGUGGACUUCACCUGGGAGGAGUGGCAGGACCUGGAUGAUGCUCAGAGGAUCCUCUACAGGGAUGUGAUGCUGGAGACCUACAGAAGCCUGGUGUCCUUGGGGCACUGCGUUGCAAAACCUGAGGUGAUCUUCAAGCUGGAGCAAGGUGCUGGGCUGUGGACAGUAGGCGAAGCCUCACACCAGCGCCUCCCAGAUGUCCAGAAAGUGAAUGGCCUGAAUGAGACCAGCCAGGAAAAGAAAGAGAGGCAUUUCUGGCAAAUUGUACUCCCCAACAGCAGCACCUCAACUGAGGAGAGGUUCACAUUAGGAACAAGGUUUAACAAGCCUGAGGAGGUGCAGGAUGGAGAGGAGCCUAGUUGUCUUAACAUUCCUGAGAAGCCCCCCAGGCAUCCUUAUCAAAGAAGUCUACUAAAGGUUCAAAUUAGACAGCAGCAGUUCCAUCACUGUGGACAGGGGGAAUUCUUCACAGUGAAAGCAUUGUGGACACUGAAGAGGCUUCAUGUGGGAGAGGCCUCCAGCACACUCAGUGGAGGUGGAAAAACCCUGGAUAAGGUGGCACUUACUGCCCAAGAGAUGACUCAGGGGCACCAGAGGACUCACAGAAGAGCAAGACCCUUUGAAGGUUACGAAUAUGAAAAGCAGUUUUCCCAGAAGUCACACCUCAGCAGGCAUAGGGAGAAGCCCUAUGAGUGCAAUAUGUAUGGGAAAUCCUUUUCCCGGAAGUCCCACCUCAGCAGGCACCAGGGCACACACACAGGCGAGAAACCCUAUGGGUGUAAGGAAUGCUGGAAGACGUUCUACCAUAAGUCAUCCCUCACAAUUCAUCAGAGAACUCACACAGGUGAGAAGCCCUAUGAGUGUAAGAAGUGCAGGAAAAGCUUCUACUGUAAGUCAGAUCUCACUGUGCAUCAGAGGACUCACACAGGUGAGAAGCCCUACACAUGUGAAGCCUGCAGGAAGACUUUCUACUCUAAGUAACACCUCACUGUUCACCAGAGAAUUCACACGGGUGACAAGCCUUAUGCCUGUAAGGAAUGCAGGAAGACUUUCAACCGCAAGUCUAACCUCACCGUGCACCGGAGAAUGCACACAGGUGAGAAGCCCUAUGAGUGUGAUGUGUGCGGGAAAACCUUCUAUCAAAAGUCCCACCUCAGCACGCACCAGGGAACUCACACAGAUGAGAAGCCUUAUGAGUGUGAGCACUGCAGGAAGGCUUUCCUUCACAAGUCAUCCCUCACUGUGCAUCAGAAAACUCACUCGGGCAGCAAGCCGUGCAUCUGUGAAGAGUGCAGGAAGACAUUUCUGCAUAAGUCUUUCCUCACCGUCCAUCAGAGGGCUCACACAGGCCACAAGCCCUAUGUCUGUGAGGACUGCAGGAAGGCUUUCUACUGCAAGUCACACCUCACUGUGCAUCGGAGAACCCACACAGGCGAGAAGCCCUAUGAGUGUGGCGAGUGUGAAAAAGCCUUUCACCAGAAGUCAUACCUCAGCAGGCAUCAGAUGACUCACCAGAAUGAGAAGCAGUAUGAAUGUCAAUAAUGCAGGAAAACUUUCUACCGUAAGUCAUCCUUCACUGUCCAUCAGAGAACACACCUGGGGAACACGGCACAAAUAUAA